AUGCCGCUAGAAGUGUUUUUUCACUUCUACCCUGCGCUGCUGUCGUUCGCGGUGCUCGCCCGCGCACCAGCCUUUCCACCACCACCACCGCCACCAUCGCCCUCCGACGACGACGAUGGCCUCAUCGACCUCGAUGAGGCCGAUCCAGAUCUGCGGCCUGCGCCGCCAGUCGUGCAUUGGCGGAGCGCAUGCGACGCGGUGCUGAAUCCGGCGUGGAACCCGGCCACAGACCCGCUGCCAGCGCCAGGGAUCGAGCACGUGGACCUUGGGGAGAACGGUCUCACCGUUCAUACCUAUACCAUCCACGGUCCUGGGGCGGUCUGGGUCGGGUUCUGCGUCCGGAUCCACGGCGAUCGGGUGGCCGAUUUUUGCAUUUUCCGCAAUUCGGUACGUCAACUCAACCCCGGGCCGUACAUACAGAGCAUGAGAGAGCGAUGGGCACAACCCGGUUGGUAUCUCCAGAAAGAGCGUCACGGCCAAGGGCAUCGAAUGGACAUCCGGACUCCUCUCGCAAUGGCCGAUUGA